GAGCUGGAUAGCGACUCCCAGGGCUUCCCAGGGGCCCUCAGCUUCUCGUGAAUGAAGUUCCAUCUCGGGCACCAAAAUGGCAGAGCCAGAGGGUGGGACUUACAGGCUUCCCACCGCCCAGGCCUUGCGGCCUUGUCACCUAGCUGGGGGGCAGGGAGGCGCUGCCACCCCCAUCAGGAGUCCCAGCAGCCCUGAGCCCUCGUGCCGCGCAUCCUCGUGAGUCAGCGGGCCAGGCCCACCCCCAGGCCCGCCGCGCUCUGCAGCUCUGCCUCACGUUCCCUGCGUGCCGCAUUGCCCCCUGCAGUUGUGCGGCCGUGGCUGCGUGCCCCCGGGCGCAGGUGCCCGCCCCCACCCCCGCUGGCUGGCUGGGGCUGGGAGGCAGCGGAGCAGCUCCCUGCACCGCCCAGGCUCAGCCCUGGCGGCACCCCAGGGCCACAUGUGCCGAGUCCAGGCAGUGCACAUGCCGCCCCUGGACUGUGAUUCAGGGCUGGGGUGGGGCCCGGAUGUGGGUAGCUUUCAAAGGUCCACAGGUGGCUCUGAGGCAUAGCUCGGGAUUAGCUGGUCCACACACGUUCCUCCAUCCGCUGUGCACGCUCAUCCCCACCCACGGCUCCCAACUGCCAGUUGAGGUCACAAUUCCCCAGUUGCCUUCUCCAGCCCCGCUCGCUCCCCGGCGCCACAGGCUGCAGAGUCAGCUGCUUCCAGGACAUCCUCACACCCCCUCCACAGCCACGGGGGACGGGCCUGUGUCCCCCUCCCUCUGUCCUUUCGUAACCCGCAUCCUCAGGCCCCGACUGGGCUUUCAGAAGGGUGUGGAAGGUCCCCGAAGAGCACCUGCGGCCCCCUCUAUUCCCGUGACUCCCCCUUUCCCCAGCAACCUCCUGACAUCCCGUCUUACCUCCAAACUACUCUCCCCAGCAGCCAGGCUCCGUGGCUGAAAUACCCGAAUUCCACAGUGGUCCCCAGUGUCACAGGAGGGGGGUGGGGGAGCACAGAGGACCCUGCUUUUCCUUCCCUCCAUCCACAAUGCUCACCAAUGCCCCCCCUUCGCACCCCUGCCAGCUCCAGUGUCGUCCUCCCCUCACCUUCCCCGUGGGGGGUAGGCAGGGCCAUGGGCUAGCCCAGAGGGGAGCAGUGGGCCCCCAGAAUGGGUCCAGCCUUCAGAUGCCCGGAGCAGGCCUUCGGGCCCCAAGUUGCAUGGGUCUGAUGAGAGAAGAAAGGAGCCAGCCGAGACCUCGGAGGCGGAUGAACCCCACAGGCCGGCAGCCCCAGACAGGGACUGUCCCCUCCCUGCCCGCCCUCACUCCCCCUUGCCCGCCCUCGGCCCGGCCUCCCAACUCCCUACUUGGAGCGUCUACACACUCAGCGCCCAGACUCCUCGCCUCUCCACCGCCCGCCCGGGUCUCCGCUCUGCGUCCUGGGGUCCCGGCCCGGCGUCUCCUCCCCGCCCUCCCUCGGGGGACCCGGCAGGGCCAGGGGGGCACGGGAUCCCGGCGGGCACUGCAGCCAGGUGAGCCUGGAAGGUGGGGCGGGGCGGGGGCGCUCUGGGCCCCACCCCACCCCAGGAUCGGGUGACGCCGGGGCUGGAAUUUGACACCGGACGGCGGCGCGGCGGGCAUGAGGCUGCGGAGGGAUGGAGCUGGGCUCGGCCCCCAGACACAGCCCACGGGCCCCGCCAGCAGCAGGUCCCCCGGGCCCCCGCCCUCGCUGCGCCCAGGACCCAGCACGCUGCACGCGGGGGCACGGACCGGCUGCCCAGACCACGCUGCUGGCUAAAGAGGUGCCGCCGGGUGCCCCGCCCCGGGCACAGGCCUCCCAAACCGAGGGGCCACGGCCAGCGCUGACCCCAGGAGAGGCCCGCAGAGCAGAGCCCAGAACCUCCGUGAGAUGGAGCCUGGACGCGCAGGGCCUGCUGCCCUACCCCGCUGGCCGCGGCCUGGACGGCAGUCGGCCCUGUGGCCCACCCUGGCCGCGCUGGCCCUGCUGAGCAGCGUCGCCGAGGCUUCCCUGCGUCCCGCGCCCCGCAGCGCCAUACCCCGCCAGGGCCCGGUGCCCGCGCUGACGUCCCCCGCCAGCCCCCCGGCCGGGCCCCGCGGUGGCCGCGUGUGCGGCGGAAGAGCCCGGCGGCCGCCGCCCCCGCCGCCCCGGCCCGCGCCCCCGCCGCCCGCGCCCGCGCCCGCGCCCCCGCGAGGAGCCCGCACGGCGCGGGCCGGGGGCCGGGCGGGCCGCGCGGGCCGGGUCGGCCGGGCGCGGCCGGCGGCGCGGGGCUGCCGCCUGCGCUCGCAGCUGGUGCCGGUGCGCGCGCUGGGCCUGGGCCACAGCUCGGAUGAGCUGGUGCGGUUCCGCUUCUGCAGCGGUUCGUGCCGCCGCGCGCGCGCCCCGCACGACCUCAGCCUGGCGUAUCUGCUGGACGCGGGGGCGCUGCCGCCCGGCUCGCGGCCGGUCAGCCAGCCCUGCUGCCGCCCCACGCGCUACGAGGCCGUCUCCUUCAUGGACGUCAACAGCACCUGGAGGACAGUGGAGGGCCUCUCGGCCACCGCCUGUGACUGUCUGGGCUGAGGCUCCCCGGUGGGGGCCACGCGCUGGCCCAGGGGACGGCUGGCCCGCGCCCCGCACGCCCCCCCACCGGGCACCUCCGCUGGGGGCGCUCAGGACCCUCGUGCCCACAUGCUGGCGCUGGCCGGCGGACCCAGGACUCAGGACACCGCCUCUGGCACGUGCCCUCGACCCAGGGCUGGCGGGACAAAUGUGGGAGGUGACGCGUGGCGCAGUGGCUGAGCUGGAGCCGGCCUUGGACCCGCUUCCGGGAGCUGGACCCCUAUUUAUUAUUUCUAAGUUAUU